UAAUAUUUUUAUUAUUUUAUAAUUAAAAAUUUGAGAAAAUAAUACAUUUUACAUUUUUGAACACCCGACCAUURAACGCAUGAUGGCCGACACCAGUAGCGAAUUGGACGAAACGCCGAGCAUCGAGUGCUUUCAGAACUACACCGCGCCCGAGGUGUUCAUACAAGGCAUCGCUGGCAUUGUAAACCAAGAAGAUGUCGAGUCAAUGAUCAUUGCACAAAAAGAGAUGUUGCAGCGUUUCGAAAAGACCAAUGAAAUGCUGACCAACUGCAAUUUGUUGUCCACGAGUCACCUGAAAACCACUAGCCAGGAACUGAAGAAACACACACAAAUGUUGGCAGAGUUACGCAAGGACUUGGACAGUACAUUUAAGAGGAUAGCUGCAAUCAAGUCCAAGAUUAARGUCCAAUAUUCRGAUGUUCAGAAAAGCAUUUUAGARGAAAAGCAAAAAGAGCUGGAACAAAAAACCGUGGAUAGUUCAUCUAGUGGCAGCGCUAGUACUGCUUCUCCAUAUAAUUCUGAUACAAAUUGAAAUACAUUUUUUAUUCCAUCAUUUCCAUCAAACAUUUUUGUUAUGAUCUCAGUGUAUAUAAUAUAUUAUAUUCAUUAUGUAUUUAAAAUAUUAAAUAUAUUUUGUUAAAUGCAUGGUCUUAGUAAUCCAAAAUGAAAUGUUCAUUAUAUUUUCUUUAUACCUAUUUGGCCUAUUUGUUUACUUAGGUAAAAAGUAAUGUAAAAAAAAAUUAUACUCAAGGCUAAUAGAGUAAGAACACUAAAAAUAUUUUAUAAUUUGAAUAUUAACUCAGAAUAAGAUCAUAGAAUAUAUUCAGAUUUGAAAAAAAUCACCAAAGUUGGUAGGUGUAUAAUUUAAUGUUCAAGAAGCUGUGAUGUAAUAA